GAGUUCGUCACCGAUUUGAAGGAGAUGUGGUUCGGCCUCUACUCCAGAGGCGACGGCGAGCAGGACUCCAGCGGCUUUGAGCACGUCUUCUCAGGGGAGGUGAAAAAAGGGAAGGUGUCUGGAUUUCACAACUGGAUUCGCUUCUACCUCCUUGAAAAGCAGGGCGUCGUCAACUACUUCAGCCACAAUUUCGACGGGCCGUGGGACACCUACCCCGUGGUGCUGGGGCUGCAGUUCAGCUGGGACGGCUUCUACAAGGAGGUGGGCUCUGCCUUCGUCGGCUCCAGCCCCGAGUUCGAGUUCGGCCUCUACACGCUGUGCUUCAUCGCGCGUCCUGGGAGGGC